AUGAGCACUGCAAAUCCUGCAUCUACACCAAUGCUUGUGUUUGCUAAAUUGAGUAAAGAUACGGGGGAGUUGCUUCAGGAUGCUUAUGAAUAUCAAAGCAUUGUAGGUGCAUUAUUGUUUUUGAGGCAUUUAGUGGGAACUAUUAAUCAUGGCUUGGUCGUUGCACCGACAGUAACAGGAUUCAAUGUAGUAGCUUUUGCUGAUGCUGAUUGGGCUACAAGCGCUGAUGAUCGCAAAUCUAUCUUGGGCUAUUGUGUGUUUAUAGGUGAUAUCUUGUAA